AUGGCUUGUAAAGCUGUGCAUUCUCAUCUUCUUCUCGGUUUAACGAUAUUACAUGCUAUCAUAAUAGAGUAUCUAUUUGUUUCGGAUAUGUAUUUGUUGUAUCCUGUAAAAGUACCCGCUCCUUCUGGACCUAAAAACGCAUCCUCUUCUGAAGAACCCAGGCUUGAUUUGAAUGGCAUUAAGGUUGUCGUUGGUAUAGGUGCUCACAUUGUCUGUUUAAUAAGUUUGAUCGGAGCAUUACUGGCAAACAAUAUUUCGGCAGUGGCACGUAUUCUGCCACCAAUUGUUGUGAUUGUCAUUUUGAUUUUCACAUUAGCAUUCAAUAUACCAGCAGCGAUAUGCUUAUUGCUUCACGAAGCACCAAAACAUCCUGGCGGUUUUUCACGUGCCGUUCGGUUUUCUAUGAUCCUUUCCUUCACAACAAUUGCCUAUUCAAUUCUUGUAAUAGUCGUUUACUGUGUUUGUAAACCUGGCCAUGAAUCGUUGCGACCCGUUGGUGGUCCUGUUUCGUCCAGACAGCAGCAAAGCAAAGAUGGCGACGAAAAAAGGAGUAAGGAACAAGCCGAAGAAAAGCGGAGCGACGAACGCAAGGUGAAACACAGUUCUGGAACUUCUCGUACAGAGAACAAGGUAUUCGGCUAUUUACUACCAACUAUUUCGUUUUGGGUAACUCCAGAGGAUGAAAUACCCUCUCCGGCUCCACCACCAGCUCGAAAGCCUGCUCCACCUCCACCUCCACCUCCACCACCACCGCCACCGCCACCUGCACCUUCGGCUCCAGAUCCUACUCAAGCUGCUCCAUCUCCUUCUCCUGAAGGCGCAGACGCGAAGAAAGAAUCAGAUGGGUUGUACGAGAAUUUGGAGGUUCCUCAAGGAUUCGGAGCUGCACCUCCCCCUCCUCCACCGCCUUGA